AUGAACAACAACAUGAAUAACACAACGUAUGGUGAAGAGGGAGCUUUGUCAUGUGGCUAUCCGAGCGUUUCUCUCUUACAGCAAACAAUCAGAGCAGGAAUUGUUCUUCUAGUGUUGAUUUGCUCACUUGUGGGAAACAUUUUUGUUCUGCGCGUCGUCAGGAAAAACAUCAAGUUGCACUCUGUGACCCAUUACCUCAUUGUUAACUUAGCAGUCGCGGAUCUUUUGAUAACAGUCUUUAACAUGACUGAGUUGCUUAAAAUCGAAGUGACUGGAAGUGAACAAACGUUCGGUGGCGUUGCUGGUGACGUUUACUGCAUCGGAAGCAUUGUCAUAUUUAACCUAUCCGUUGCCUGCUCCAUUCUCUCUUUGUCGGCGAUUUCAAUUGAGAGAUUUUGCUCGAUCAUAUUUCCGUUCAAAAGAAUCAUUACACUCCCACGUGCAAAAGGGAUGUUGGUAACCAUCUGGGUUUUCUCCUUUCUCAUCACAAUCCCUUUUUUCUUCAAUACGAAAACUGAAGACUAUUAUGGUGAUGGAGUGUUCUACUGCAUCGAGGACUGGUCCCCUCUUGAUUCAGAAAAAGCUGCCCAAGUGUUUCAGGUUAUAUUCUUCCUAUUGAUGUACGCAUGCCCACUCACUGUCAUCCUAGUACUGUACUUAAUUAUUGGAGUUAAGUUGUGGAGGCGCCAAGUGAGUGUGAAAGCCUCUUUAGGAAAUUCUCAGAGGCGAACACGCAUGACAGUACAAGUAAUCAAAAUGCUUGUCACCAGUGUCGUGGCCUUUGCAUUAUGUUGGCUUCCCCAACACGUUGCACUGUUCAUUGGUUAUUUCAGGCUAGACAUAUGCCCCCCUGAGUUUUUAUGGUUUGGAGGACAAAUACUUGGGUAUGCAAACAGCAUGAUGAACCCAAUCAUCUACAUUGCUUUUCAUUCAGAGUAUAGAAAGGAGUUCAAAGUUGUCCUUGCGAGGUUUUUCCCUAUUUGUCGUGGACAUCGUAAAGGUGCAACAAUUAUAAACCUACAGAAACAGAACAACCCUGUAGAGCUGGGCAUGGUUAGUGUUUUAUCGUUUAAAGUGAGGCUUAGUGAUGGACUCCGAUCUGAAUUUAGUGAUGUUAACUCUAGCAGUCCCUUCAAAGGGAGCAGAGAAAAUCAAGCUUUGAAUAGAAUUGAGUAAAUUUGUGAUAACAAUCAUCAACAGGGUGGAAGAAAUCAAAAUUGUAAUCAGUUAAAAGAAAGUGCCCCAUAUAACUUGAUCCUAAUUAUUGGAUGUGAUUCCCCGAAGUGGAUUGGAAGUAAGGGACAGGUGCUUGGGGUGAAGAAUCUGCAAGUGUAAGAUAGGAUGGACAUUCAUCUUUCAAUGUAUAAAAUAAGCUCUAGCCAAAUACAAGAACUUUGAUAUCGGACUAAUUAGAAUUGGAUGAAUACAACACGUUGAUCAAUGUCCAAAUGCCCAAACGGAAAAAUGGGUGGAUUGUCAUGACAUUGCUCUCAAAUAGGGACAGGUGCAAUUGGGUGGGAAAUCAAAAUUGUAAAGAAUCUGCAAGUGUAAGAUAGGAUGGACAUUCAUCUUUCAAUGUAUAAAAUAAGCUCUAGCCAAAUACAAGAACUUCAACCAAGUCAUAUCGGACUAAAAUACAACCUUUUGGAAUAAUGGGAUUUGGAUACAACACGUUCAGAAUUGUAUCCUCAAUGUCCAAAUGCAAAUCAAACGGAAAAAUGGGCGGCUUGAGUCAUGAAUCCGUACAUUGCUCUCAAAUAGAAAGAGCUGAAUUUUCAAAGGUUCCAAACUAUUAAGUAACACCGAAAACUUCAACCUCAGGUCGAUGCGAGGAACUUUCAUUCUGCUUGAAUAUUACUUAGCGAAGUGUGGUUUAUAGAUGUGGAAGACCAUAAUACAGGGAAAACGGGAUAAAAGGUGUUCUUAUACCUGAAAUCGUCUCAAUAUCUCCCUAUCUUCACUUUCCUUCUUUGAAGAACAUUUCCAGCCAGUCUUUAUUAUAAGGCAUGCUGUAAUUUGUAGAAAUUUACAGUUGUGCCUUAGCCAGGUUUAUUUGUAAAUAGAGUUUUCAAGUGGCGCUUGACCACUUUUGAUCCGAUAAUCUCAGCAAAUGUAAGCUUAUCUACAACGUUUUAUUGGGACUGUUAGUCAUUCAUAAAUACGUUUGGUAUCCUUGAAAUAUGAUUUAGAUGUUCAGAAUAGAAGCUGUAUAUAUGGGGAACGAAUCAAGUGAGUUUGUGCAAAUUGCACAUAUGAAACAGAUGGCGGGCGAUCUUUUUCCGUAAAGAGGGACCGUUCAUAAUUUAUUGCCUUGGGAGGGAGGGGUGGGGACGGGGUGUUAUCCCUGGUAAAUAAUGACUAGUCCCUUAGUAUUAACCUUUGCGAUUGAAUUCCAAUCAACAAUUGCUCGUUAAAUCGGGGUGAAUAAGGUUUGCUGUGUUAAUACUUAAUACUGCUAAAUCUAAAACAUUGUUGCCAGUACGUUCUCUUAGGGUUUGGGAGAUAAUUAUCUCAUUGUUCAGCAUAUAAAUCUAACAAGUCAAUAAACAUCGAUGAAAUUUGUGAUUUGCAUGAUUUUUUUAUGGAGGUGGUAGUUUUGCGGUUAGCAGGCACUUUUGAAUGGCCCGAGUUGAAGUUCAGGCAGGUUCAUUAAGUUGUACUACUGAAAAGCGUACUAAAUCAGUGCGUAAAAGCAUGUAAUGGCGUCUCUUCCGAGAGCUAUAAAAAUCCUACUGGUCUCCUGACGCUGUAAAAUUGUUGGUUUAAAGUGUUUUACAACACUAGCCAAAAUCUUUACAAAAAUUGAGAUUUCCCUUGAAAGAACAUUCAUAAUUAGCUGAUAUUCGAAAAAAAUUCUAGUCAAUGAUGUUUAAAAAGUCUUUUCUUAAUCAUAACAUUCGAAAAAAAGUUAUUUUGCCUUUUAAAAAGGUAGUAUUUUGGGUUUUUUUCGUAAAACCAAUCUGACAUCAUUUCGCUUUCAAAUGUAAAUAACCUUUCAGAGUUCUACUGUAUAACGAUCAAAUAUUAAUAAGAAAAGGCUCUUCUCAAGAUAAUCAUCUGCAAUGUAAACUAAGGACCCUCGCGUUUGAAAGAAGUGGGAUAUAAAUGACUGGCAUGUUAACCGCUUAAAUAUCCACUUGUUUAUUUGAUAAAGGAAAGCUAUGGAAACUCCAGAAGCCAGUAAUGUUGAAUUGCCUGACGGUUUUUAGCGGAGCUGACAGGGAACUAGCAAAAUAGGCAACCUUGCAUCAAAUGACAGUAUUGCUCUGAUUGGGUAUAAAUACAAGACGUUUUUUUAGGGGAAGCAAUGGAGUCAACUUGGCGGGACACGGAUGCUGUCACUUUGUAACAAGUAGUGUAAGACAAAUUAAAGACCGCCUGAGGAGGCUCAAGCAUAGAGACAUUGUGGAAGUCAGAGAGCUGAUAACUGGCCCAAUUUAUCAUUACAUAAAAAAUAAACGGCGCCGAAGAUAUUCGUUUCAAUUUUCUGACUCAUGUGAAAUGAUGACCGAUUGGAAGAGGCGACUAAGUAAUGCCGGACUAGAUGAGUAUCGAAUGUCAAAAAAUGGAAAAAAAAAUACAAAAAAAUAGUGGUCCUAAAAAACAAGUAUCCGAAUAUUUUGGAUGAAAAAUGUAAGAGCGAUUUCUUCUCUAUUUAAUACGAACGCUGACUGCACCGAAGACAGAAAAGCUAAUCUCGGGGAACAGGGAAACCGAAUAUUUACUGCCCCCUCCCUAAGUUAGACAGGUAGGACUGUCUUAAUCAUUUUUGCAUCUGGUUGCUUUAUGGCUGGCUAAUUUAGUGAGUAAACAGAGGAGAAUCGUGUUUAUAAUUUGGGCGUUUUUGUUUUAAUUACUACUUAUUUACACCAGCUAUUUACAUCAGCUGAAACACCUCUGAAAUUUUAAAUUAUGAAAUAAGCGGUGUAGUGUUUCAUUACCAGGGAAAGAAACAUUCUGCAAGUAUAUCGAGGCGGGGAAUUGGCGGUGCAGUUUUACUUGGCCUCUUAUGUCUUAGUUAUUCACAAAGUAGCUAGGGUCACAGGUGAGGCGGAUGGUAAUUUUGUUUCAAUCGAGAGUGAUAACAGAACCCUUUGUUGGCAUCAGUAGUUUUAGGAAACAACUCAAUAGAAUUUAAAGAACUGACCCCGUCGAUAAGAAUGAAUUGCCUUUGAGGAUUUAGUUUGGGAUUGAGUUCUUAACAUAUCCUUGUACUUGAAUGUCUAACAAAUGGCGUCCCAUUUCAAGUAGUUUCUUGCCACCUCUCCCAAUUUUGUCACUUUGAGUCAAUGCAAUUGAUGCAUUUCGAAAUCCAUUGUUAAGGACGCCGUGAUUAUCAUUUUCAAUCAGUAAACAUGAAUUCGAUUUUCGCCACAAUUUUCUUUUCCUUCAAAAAUCGUUCUUAGUCGUACAAUGUUCUUUUCUCCUUUACCAUUAUGGCUCUACUCUUAACGCAGAGUAUCCUGUGUUUCUCUCUAUUUUUCUGAUCGGCUCAGUUAUUUUAGAGCGAAAAGAAAUUAAAAAAUGCUUUAAGACUACGGAUAUCAAAUUUUAACGUUUAAUUUUCGUCCUUUGAAUCUGAUAUGUGUUGUCUAGCAACAUUUGUCAAACAAAUGUGCCCCUUAGCGGUUGUUAUUACUUCAGCUGAAACGAAACCGCCUGACAAUUGAAUAAUAACAAUUUUUGACGUUUCUGUCCGAACUGUUCGAAGUCACUGAAUUUUUUUCUCGGUUGAUUUCGGAACUGGUAAAUCUGAAACUCAAUUCUUUUGAUUUCGACGUCGAUAUUUUCUUAGAAAAAUAAAUUAAAAGUGAGCAAUCAUCAGAGUUAAGCAGGGCGAAAUAGUCAGAAUUUUCAUCACCAAAAGCGAAUAUAAUUUUCUCAAGUUAAAGCGGCCGUAUCACCUGCCCAAUUCCAAUAAAUUUUCAAACUAAUGAACUGUUCUUAUUGUGCUGCUAUAUACUACUAUAAUUUCAAAAUACGUAGAUUUGUUUCAAUAAACUCCAAAACGCGACCAGGCGUAAUUUAAAAUUCGCUUUAUUAGGAUUUCAUCAGUCACGUUUUAAAAGUUCGCUGUUGGUGCAAACUAAUAGGAGGUAAGUGGGUAAGCCUCGGUAUCAAAACAAACAAUGAAGCCACUUUGAUUUUCACCCCACGGACAGAUAAAGAAUAUUUAACAUCUUUAACCUUUUUAUUUCCUCCUUUAACUGAAUAUGUGCAUGUGACUGUAUUCUAUCGAUUUGAGCCGACAUCAUAACCAGGCACGUUUGGUGUGGUGAAUAUAAUGAAUGUGCAAAAUGAUAAAUUUAUGCACAGUUAAUGAUAUGAUUCUGGAAGUUUUUGAUUAUUCCGUUAUUAUAGCGAUUUGGUGCAUUGUAAUCCUUUUAACUUUCUCAGAGCACUGUCCAACAACAUAUUUCUUCGUCGCUCUUGUUGAAGGCGAAACUAUCUGUUUACCGUCAAAAGCAGGAAAAGGCUGAGCUAAAGAAAAUUAAAAUGUCUUAAACGAUAUUUGUGUGACAAAAGCCAUAAGAUUCUGUCAUUUACUUGGACAAUUCGUCGUUCAUUGCUAAAAAUGUGGUGAAAAAAACAGGUAGCCUUUUUUGUCAAGAUCAAGUGGGUAUUGUCAGAGUGCCUUUGGGAAGAUAUCCGAUCGAAGAAACAUGCAAUUUUCAUUGCAGAUCUUGGUUUUAUUCAGACGUACUGGAAGGACCCUCCAUGAGUAAAGAGAGCUCUCUGAAGACUCCCAUGAAUAAUCAGUCAGGCCUAGACGACUUUUAUCCUCUCUCAGAAUGCCCAGCAGAAGAAGAAAUGAACAACUCGCAGAGGCUAUUCGUUCAGGAAAAACUAAAUUUGAUUGCCACAGUCAUUUCUUUAUUCAGCAACAUUGUCGUUAUCUGGACCAUGCGAAAGAAUCCACGAAUGCGAAAUUUAACACACCAAUUGAUCGUCAACAUGGUUAUGGCAGAUAUCCUCAUUACAGUCUUUCCCAUGCCUUACAAACUGUAGGCUCAAAUAACAGGCAGCGACGCGGUAAUGUUUGGUGGAUUGCCAGGAAUGGUUAUCUGCAAACUGGUGGGUUACAGUCAAAAUGUUUCCAUCGAUCGCUCUGUCCCGACCUUGACGGCAAUUUCCAUGGAAAGGUUUACGGUGGUCAUGUGUCCUUUCAAGAGAGCCACUUUGAACCAUAA